GAGUAGCUAGAAUUGACGGAGAAUCAAAAGAGAAGUCAUCAUUCUAUCUCUGUGCGUCUUUCCGGGCAUAAAAUAUUUGACUAAAUACAGGCUUUAGCAUCGGCUUAUUUAUUCAGUUACGAUUUCAAUUAUACUUGUUUUCUCCUUGGGCUUUGACCCAUCUUUCUUCAACCCUCGCCGGCAAAUAGCCGUCUCUCUAUGUUUAACAAACCCCCUCCUCCUGUAAACUUAACCUUCACGGUUCUUUUAAAGCCCUCUCUGUUAUUGUCUCGUUAUUCCUCAAUCAAUCAUGUGUCGUAAGAGGAGCAAUUUUCCCCUUAAAAUCCCCAUUAGCCAAAUCCUUUUAUGGGUUUAAUAAAUUUUCCUCUGUCUAUAAUCAUGAAAAUUCUUUUUAACUCAUUCUUUCUGUUGUUUCUAAUUGUUUGUUUAUUGUUUCUUCUUCGCGUUCUUUUAAUCAAGAGCGGAUUAAUUUAUUUGACCAAAAAAUGGUGGAGAAUAAUCGAAGAUUGUUUUCAUGUAUUUCAAUUUUUCAAGGUACCAGAAUUCAACGACAGCAUGCAAGAAAAUCAGCUUUACCGGAAAGUCUCUGUUUAUCUAAACUCUCUGACUUCCAUGGAAGAUUCCGAUUUCACCAACCUCCUCAUCGGAAAAAAGUCCAACGAAAUUAUCCUUCGUCUCGAUCCUAAUCAGAUAAUCGAUGAUGAUUUCCUUGGAGCUAGAAUUUCUUGGAUAAACGAAGUGAAAUCCAAUGCCACUCAAUCUAGAGCUUUCAUUCUGAAGAUUAGAAAAGCAGAUAAGCGGAGACUUCUCCGGCCUUAUCUCCAGCAUAUCCAUACAGUUUUCAAUGAGCUCGACCAAAAGAAGCCCGAAUUGAAGCUUUACAUGAACAUCCACAAUGAUCAUCAUCAUCAUCAAAUUCAAAAUCAAAACCGACGGUGGAGAUAUGUUCCAUUUUCUCAUCCUUCGACGUUUGAAACAAUUGCCAUGGAAGCCGAUCUCAAAAACAAAUUAAAAUCAGAUCUCGAGUCUUUCCUCAAAGCCAAACAAUAUUAUCACCGUCUCGGUCGUGUUUGGAAACGAUGUUAUCUCUUGUACGGACAAUCAGGUACCGGAAAGUCCAGCUUUGUAGCUGCCAUGGCUAAUUUUCUUGGCUACGAUGUGUAUGACAUCGAUCUUUCGAAAGUUUUAGACGAUUCUGAUCUCAAAUUGCUCCUGUUACAAACUACAAGCAAGUCGGUGAUUGUAGUCGAAGACCUUGAUCGGUUUUUGAUGGAAAAAUCAACGGCGGUGAGUUUAUCAGGUGUUUUAAACUUCAUGGAUGGGAUUCUAAAUUCUUGUUGUGCAGAGGAGAGAAUUAUGGUUUUUACAAUGAACAGUAAAGAUCAAGUCGACCCGGCUAUUCUAAGACCCGGUCGAAUCGAUGUCCAUAUUCAUUUUCCAUUAUGCGAUUUCUCAUCGUUCAAGACAUUGGCGAAUAGCUAUUUGGGCGUGAAGGAUCAUAAGCUGUUUCCUCAAGUCGAAGAAAUUUUCCAAACCGGAGCGAGUCUAAGUCCGGCCGAGAUAGGGGAACUCAUGAUUGCGAACCGGAAUUCACCGAGUCGGGCAUUGAAAUCGGUUAUAACGGCGUUACAAACGGAAGGUGAUCGAAGAGGGUCAGUGAAUAUCGGGCGGCGGUUGUUGGAUUCCGGGUCAAGAAGCUCCGUUGAGGAAUCUGGCGAUCACUCGGGGAUAUUUUCGAGAGAGAGUGUCAACGCUAUGAAAGAUAUCAAGAAAUUGUACGGGUUAUUGAGGUUGAGAAGUAAUCGCAAAGAGCAGUCGUUUGAUUUGACAGAGGGAGGGAAGGUAGGGUGAUGUUACAUGUCGUAUUGAUUCGGAUUAAAAAAGUACAAGGCCAAAGGCAUAUGUUAAUAGAAAAUAGUGUAGUUUGGAACAAUUGCUAGCUUUGAUGCUUUGUUCGUUCCCACCACCCCCCCGAAUUACAAAGAAUAUUAUUUUGUCAUCCUUUUUUUUUUUUUUUU